GGAAAGGGAGAUUUGUGUUGUUGUUUUACGUGUGAUGGUGGUUUGAAAGACUGGAGUUCUGGUGAUGGCCCUGUAAAAGAACAUGCCACACACUUUCCUAAUUGUUCAUACAUUAUCAAGCUAAAAGGAUCCGAGUAUAACAAGCAACAAACUCGACAAAGUAAUGAAUCAAUGGGUGCAUCAGGAGGCAGCAGUACAAUAACUCAACCAACACAGACUCCAAAUCUCCCAAUGGAUAGACUGACAAUCGCAGAUAGUGAAUACUCUAGCUUUACUGUGAGCCAAGUUGUUCAAAAGCUUGGAUAUUCAGAGGUAGAAGUGAAUACAGCAAAAGCUGAACUAGAAAUGAAAGGGACCAAAUUUCCAACAGCCGAGGAAGUUGUAAAUACUUUGCUUGAUAUGCAGGAAAGGUCUGAUCAUUUUCGAACUGCUACUGUACCCCAGGCAGCACCGGAAGAUAAAAGUGACUUACAAGCGAUGGCACGGGAAAAUAAAGAAAUGUCCCGUCUUAUCUACUGUAUGUUGUGUGUUACUGGAGAAGCGGACAUGUUGUUUCUACCCUGCACCCAUCACCGGACAUGUCACGAAUGUGCUGCUGAUCUCAUCUUCUGUCCUGUUUGUAAUGAGUUCAUCAAAGAGAAAGUCAAGACCUUCCGUUCUUAAACUAUGCAACCAGAAUAAUCAAUAUAUUUACUGUUUACUCCCGUUAUGUCAGCAGUAAGCAACUAAGUCGUUUCUGAGGAAUGGUGGUUUCGUAAACUUUAACUCCUGUAAGUGGAAAGGCUGGAGACUAGCAGGUUUCUUAUUUUAUAAUUGUUAAAACGAAGUAGUGCUCCUUAUUUUACUUGCGAACAAGUUAAAGGAAUCUAAUUUGGAUUAUUACACAUCAUGUUUCAUAUUGGUAAAGAAUUAUCGAAGACAGAAUUUAAAACAGUAAUUUUGCAAUAUUUUUGCAGUUUGAAUCGUCCUCUCUUUCUAAUAUACAUAAAAGAGACUGUAUGCUGUACGCUAACUUUGCGGUUACCUUAUCUUUAAUGAGGGUCUUCACUCUACUUUUCAAAUCAAAGAGACUAUACUUUUAAAACAGAAAUCCUCUAAUACGCUCUAAGAUUCAAAAAACAUUAAUGUUGUAAGCUAAAUUUUGUAUUUGCCAAUUCAUCUCCUAAUUAAAAUAUAAGAAGUC